UCCAUUGUUUAUUUAUUUAUUUCUACACAUACACGAUUUCUUUUUAAUAUUAGGCAAAGUAAUGAAUUAAAAUGUCUUUAAUAAUGCUUAAAAAUGAAUUUAACGAAGACAUACUAGCCUGCAGAGCGUGUCUGGCAACGGAUAGGAAGUUAUACAGCACAUAUCGGGAUGAUAUUCUCUUAAAGGCCUAUAAGAAUCUUAUUGGCAGCGAAGUAUAUCCUUACGAUACUCUACCGCAAUACAUUUGCAACUAUUGCUGUAUACUAUUACUGAAAUAUAACACAUUCCGAGAUGAUUGUCAGAGAGCCACUCGCUAUUUAGAAAAUGCUAGAAUUAACGGUACUGUUAUAACUCAAGAAUAUUUAACCAACUUCAAACCACAAGUACAAUACAAAAAAACAAGAACAAAGCAUAUAAACUUUUAUAACAACAAUUAUAUUGAGAAUGAUACAAACUUUAUAACAGACAAUACCAAUGACAGUUACAAUAAUGACUACACAUCUUUGGAUGCAGAAAAUAGUCAAAUGGACACUCAAAACAUUGAAAUUAAAGAAGAAAUUAAUAUACCUACAACAGACACAGAAUUUCAAAAUAAAACUAUAGAUGAGAAAAAAUCAUCUUUAGAGACAGAAAAUAGUCAAAUGGACACUCAGAAAAUUGAAAUUAAAAAUGAAAUCAAUACACUCAUAAAAGAAGACAUAGAAUUACAAAAUAAAAAUACUGAAAACUCCAAAAAAAAUAAGAAAAAAGGCAAAUAUUUUGAAACAAAAGACAAUAUGGACAAUUUUGAAAAUUCAUUCAAUGUUGAAAUAGUUAUUUUAAGUAGAGAACAACAAUUUAAAGAUGUUUUAGAGAGAAAGAAUAGUACUAAUUAUUUGCAAAGCCCUUAUAAAUGUGAACAUUGUUACAAAGGGUACAUGUCUGAAGAUAUUUUGAAAAUACAUGUGCUUUCUCAACAUGCUAAAAGUCGAGGCGACAUAGUAUGUGAAUUUUGUAAAUUCCGUUACAAAGAUAGGAGAGGGCUAAACCAUCAUUUGAAAACACAUAGAUUGAAGUUUAUUUGCAAGCAGUGUGCUUAUGUAUCUAGGACUACUUUCAAUGCAAAGGAACAUUUUAAAAUGCACGUUGGACAAGUUCAUCAAUGCAGUCACUGCGGGAAAUCUCAUGAGAAACUGUCGAGCCACUUAUCUCACGUACGCCUAAAUCACCCGUCUUCACUCGUUUGGUGCCACAUAUGCGCGCAGGCGUGUGUCGGCGAGUUCGGACUCAACGCGCAUAUGAAGAAAGCUCAUAGACAUUUCCCCCUCCCCAUAUCAUGCGCCACAUGUGAGUCACACUUUGUAUCCGACACAGCGCUCACGCGUCACUCGAGCGUUAGCCGCUGCAGCGAGCACUCGUGUGUUCACUGCGGAGAGGGGUAUGAUGAUGCGGUGGCUUUGAGAGAACAUUUGUUGGUGCAUCAGAGUGAACGGGUUUUUAAGUGUGAGAAGUGUGACAAGACAUUUAAACGAGAAAAUUUAUACAGCGCUCAUUAUAAACGUAUACAUAUACAAGAUAAAUCUUUGGAAAAGAAAGAAAAACCAUGGAUCUGUGAAGUGUGUGGGAAAACUCUACCAAAUAAAUCCUUACUACUUUACCACCAAAGGAACCACACGGGAGAGAAACCGUAUCGCUGUACUCAAUGUACCAAGAGUUUUACUAUGAAGAAACUAUUGCAGUCGCACUUACGUGUCCAUACGAAUGAUCGCCCCUACAGUUGUAAACUGUGUCCUAAGACUUUCAAAGGACUAUCAGCAUUAAGAGGACACGAAUAUAUACAUACUGGACAAACGAAAAUAUCUUCGAAAAAUAGAGUUAUUAAGUGAUUUCAUAUAUUUUUAUAUACUUAACUGUCAGAGUUGUAGAAUAAAAAAUUUUGUUUACU